AUGCAGCAGGUCCUGGAUAACCUUACUGAUCUGCCGACAUCGACAGGCGCUGAAGAAAUAGACCUGAUUUUUCUUAAAGGAAUUAUGGAAAACCCUAUUGUAAGAUCACUUGCCAAGGCUCAUGAGCGACUGGAAGAUUCUAAACUUGAGGCUGUCAGUGACAACAACCUGGAGUUGGUGAAUGAAAUCCUUGAAGACAUCAGUCCCUUAGUAAAUAAAGAUGAAAAUAUUGCAGAAUUGGUUGGAAUACUCAAGGAGCCUCAUUUUCAGUCACUCUUGGAAGCACAUGAUAUUGUGGCUUCAAAAUGUUAUGAUUCCCCUCCUUCUAGCCCAGAAGUCAAUAAUUCUUCAGUGAACAACCAGGUUGUUCCAGUAGAUGCUAUUCGUAUCCUUGGAAUUCACAAAAGAGCAGGAGAACCACUGGGCGUUACGUUUAGAGUUGAGAACAAUGAUCUGGUAAUAGCACGGAUUCUUCAUGGUGGAAUGAUAGAUCGACAAGGUCUUCUGCAUGUAGGUGACAUUAUUAAAGAAGUGAAUGGCCAUGAGGUUGGAAACAAUCCAAAAGAAUUGCAGGAACUGCUGAAAAAUAUUAGUGGCAGUGUCACUCUGAAGAUUCUCCCAAGCUACAGAGACACUGUUAUUCCUCAACAGGUUUUUGUGAAGUGUCAUUUUGAUUAUAAUCCAUAUAAUGACAACCUCAUCCCUUGCAAAGAAGCAGGUUUGAAAUUUUCUAAAGGAGAAAUUCUUCAGAUUGUAAACCGGGAAGAUCCAAAUUGGUGGCAGGCUAGUCAUGUCAAAGAAGGAGGAAGUGCAGGGCUUAUUCCUAGCCAGUUCUUGGAAGAGAAGAGAAAGGCCUUUGUUAGGAGGGACUGGGACAACUCAGGGCCUUUCUGCGGAACAAUAAGCAGCAAAAAAAAGAAAAAGAUGAUGUAUCUCACUACAAGAAAUGCAGAAUUUGAUCGUCAUGAAAUCCAGAUCUAUGAGGAAGUAGCUAAAAUGCCUCCUUUUCAGAGGAAAACACUGGUCUUAAUUGGGGCCCAAGGCGUGGGGCGAAGAAGUUUGAAGAACAGGUUCAUAGUACUGAAUCCUACUAGGUUUGGAACUACAGUGCCAUUUACUUCACGGAAGCCAAGAGACGAUGAAAAGGAUGGGCAAGCGUACAGAUUUGUGUCGCGAGCUGAAAUGGAGAUGGAUAUUAAAGCUGGCAGAUAUUUAGAGCAUGGGGAAUAUGAAGGAAAUCUUUAUGGCACCAAAAUUGAUUCCAUCCUUGAAGUUGUUCAGACAGGAAGGACCUGCAUCUUGGACGUGAAUCCACAGGCCCUGAAAAUACUGAGGACUUCAGAAUUCAUGCCCUAUGUAGUGUUUAUUGCUGCUCCAGAGUUGGAGACUUUGCGGGCUAUGCACAAGGCUGUGGUAGAUGCUGGAAUUACAACCAAACUUCUCACUGACACCGAUUUGAAAAAAACAGUGGACGAAAGCGCACGGAUCCAGAGAGCCUACAACCACUAUUUUGAUCUGACCAUUGUAAAUGACAACCUGGACAAAGCCUUCGAGAAGCUACAGACUGCUAUCGAGAGACUGAGGCUGGAACCGCAGUGGGUCCCAAUUAGCUGGGUAUAUUGAGAUUUCUCAAGAGGAGCUGAAGUAACAAACAAAACCAACCGCAGCACCUAUGCUAAUGUGACGUUGUGUAGAUACCGACAAUAACCUACGGCACCCGUGCAUUUUUACUCUGUGUAUAUUCAAAAAGUACACUAUUCUGAAUUUUUAUAAAAAUGUUGAAGGGAAAGUGUACUUAAAUAUGUAAUUUAUUUUAAUUUUUCUAACUUUUUACAGAUAACCUUUCUAUUCAUAUCACAUGAAGGAAAUGCGUUUAAGCAUUUUUAUAUGUUUUGAUUUAGUACCUUUGCCUUCUUCAUCUAAGAAACUUUCAGUCAUUCACUUCAACAUUUACAUCUUGGUCUUACAUUUUCACUGUGAUUAAAGAAAGAUACUUGAAACAAUUUUUGUAAAACUUGUUAACGUCAGUGCUUAACUGGUCAAAAGUCUAUAGCUCUUACUAGGAAAGAACACUAAUUUCUUUCAUUUUUUUUUUUCUUCCUUAAAAAAAUAAUAAUUUCAUGGGAGCAGAAUUUUGAGUAUUAAAAGCAGCAACCAACACACAGCUCCAUUGCUCCAGCUUCUUUCGGCUUGAUGUUGGUGCAUUCUGGAUGUUUCACAAAUUCUUGGUGUCUCUUGAUUUAGACAACUGCUGUGUAGGUUCCCUUAGACGCG